UGAAUGUGGCUCAAAACGCGUCGCUAACCGCUGGUUAACAACGUUUAAUGCUAAAGAAAAAAGUGAAAUCAUAUAAUAUUGAUGUAGAAUAUACAGAAAUAAAUCUGAAAAUUAAGUCCCCGGAUAUCCCCUUUAGAAAAAGUGUGAAAAUGUGGAGAAACUAACAGGAAUACUAUGAAGCAUGCUGUAAAACUUGGCCAAGAUAAACUCGUUUGCACCAAUACACAUGUGUUUAUACGUAUAAGGGCAACGCAAAAUACUCAGACUCCAGAAGCCAGCAAUUAAAAAAGAAGUUAGUCAGUUAGCGUCUGGGCCGCGUUGCUGGUGUAUGAAUCAUACUUUGGAUACCUUUAAAAAUAACAAAACAAACGCCUCCCAAGCAGGAAAGAGUUGUAACAGUGAUUCGAUCAAACUUAAAUAAAUUAUUCACACAUUAUAAAAUACCUUAAAUGUCGGUCAGGAAAUUAAGUGCCCUAUCGCUCUCCAUUGGUGGAGCUCCGUUGAUCCCAAGUUUUUCCUUGGUCGCUGCUGCAAAUGGAGAGAGUAAGGAUUGCCAUGGCUCGAUCUGUCAUCCGGUCAAUGAAUUUUGCUAUGUUGCAACGGAGAGGUGCCAUCCGUGCAUCGCGGUCUGUAAUAACGAAACCCACAACUACGACGCGUUUCUGUGCGCCAAGGAAUGUUCAGCAUACAAGACAUUUGAGCCGUUGAAAGCGGAGAUGCUGGACAUCCAAAAUACCCAGCAGAUGAUCCUCCUGCUGCUAACUAUCCUUCUCGUCCUGAUUGCGCUUCGCUGCGCGUUCCAGUUCCUUCGGUGGCUGAUAAGCAAUCGGUGCUUCCAGAAGCUGUUGCGCCGUCUCCAAUCGAAGGCAUACCCGCAUCCGGCAACUGCAAAUGGAAAGGAUCUCAAUGCUACCACCAUACAGAACCUGAAUGCCAUCAACCAUCCUGGCAGCGACCUUGAGCGAGCGCAAUCACAGAUCUACAGUGUGGCAGGUAAGUGUGCCGCCGAGGGUUCCGUUGUGACUAUGACAACGCCGGUGAGCACUCGCUAUCCGGCGGAAAACAGCACCACGCCCACAACGGUUAUGACGGAGAUCGGAUAUGGAUACGAUAAUCAGGCCAUGGUCGUAACGCCAGUUUCUGAGAAACCCUCAGCAGCGACAGUUUCCGUCGCCUUCUAAGGCCAUACAAGUACUUAAAAACUUUUACUUACUACUAAUCAGUCCAGCGAAAGCAAAAUGUGCACCACAUUGAAACUAGUGAUAUUUUCCUAAGUGCUUAAGCAAAAAGUCUUCUUUUGAUAUGUUAUACAUAAACAUAUGUAAGCAUAAACAUGUAGGUAGUAUGCGUAAUUUACAAACAGGAUUAAAUGUGUUGAAAUAUACAUGAAACAUAUUUAAUAAACCAAUGCGGCCUUAAAAACUUA